CCCCUGCCCGCCUACCACUACCCCUCCUUCCCCAACCGCACCAUCAAGUCCGAGUACCCCGACCACUACACAGCCACCCACGAGGCCGUGCCCGCCUACAUGUACCCAGAGACCUACCCCAGCAGCUCGCCCCCCGACAUCCCCGAGCUCAUCCUGAAGCUGCUGCAGCUGGAGCCCGACGAGGCCCAGGUGAAGGCACGGAUACUGUCCUGCCUGCAGCAGGAGCAGGGCAAGGGCCGGCACGAGAAGCUCAGCACCUUCGGCCUCAUGUGCAAGAUGGCCGACCAGACCCUCUUCUCCAUCGUGGAGUGGGCACGGAGCUGCAUCUUCUUCAAGGAGCUGGAGGUGGGUGACCAGAUGAAGCUGCUGCAGAACUGCUGGAGUGAGCUGCUGGUGUUUGACCACAUCUACCGGCAGCUGCAGCACGGCAAGGAGCACAGCGUGCUGCUGGUCACUGGCCAGGAGGUGGACAUGUCGGCCAUCGCAGCCCAGGCCGGCUCCAUCCUGAACACGCUGGUGCUGCGGGCGCAGGAGCUCGUCCUGCACCUGCACUCGCUCCAGGUGGACCGGCACGAAUUCGUCUGCCUCAAGUUCCUCAUCCUCUUCAGCCUCGACGUGAAGUACCUGGAGAACCACACGCUGGCCAAGGACGCGCAGGAGAAGGCCAACGCGGCGCUGCUGGAGUACACGGUGUGCCACUACCCGCACUCGGCCGACAAGUUCCGCCAGCUGCUGCUCUGGCUGGCCGAGGUGCGGGCGCUGAGCCUGCAGGCCGAGGAGUACCUGUACCACAAGCACCUCAGCGGGGAGGUGCCCUGCAACAACCUCCUCAUCGAGAUGCUGCACGCCAAGCGGACUUGAGCGGCCAGGCAGGAGCCGGCAGCACCGCAGUGCCUCCAGCAGGGGCAGCGGCAGGGGCAGGGGCAGGGGCAGGGCCGGUGCGGGGCUGCAGGAGCCUCCCCCUGCCUGCCCUCCUCAGCCAUGCUAUGUAACCUCUGCUAUUGGAAACGCCCAGCAGGUCCGUGCACAGCAGGGACAGGUGAGGCUGCAGGGCCCUGCCUUGGCACUGCCCCGUUGGCAGGGCUGACCUCAGCCCCACGCACACCUGGUGCCCAAACCUGUCACCUGCCAGCCCGGCCCAGCAGCACCAAGGAAGGGGAAAGCCUGUCCCGGCUUUUCUCCUGUUUCUGCUCCUCCUGCUGCCCCACCAGCUGUUCCUUGACUGCCACCAUCCCUCCCCGACCCUGCCCAUGUCUCAGGGCCCUCGUGCACAGGGCAGGAGAGAGGGGAGGUGAAACCCUCCAGGCUGGGGUUUUAUGGUGGCUGAGGUGUCUCCAGGCACCAGGGAGCACACAGAGGUGCUGGAUUUCUGCAGGAAUCCACACAGAAUGUGGGGCUGGGCUGGAGAUGUCAGCCCCAUGCAGCAGUGCCAGGACCCCAAGGUGCAGAUGCCGGGUCCCAAUUGCUGCCAGCUCUGUCCUGAAGCUGCCCUGGCCAGGACAGGGCAGGCAGGGCUGGGCAGUGCUGAACCCUCAGCUGAGGAGCGUUUUCCCAGUGCCUGCUGGUGCUGGAGGCAGCAGCUCAGUGCCAGCCACAGUGCCCAGAGCCCAGAGCUGCCCACGGGCACCACAGCUCAGUCCUGCCCACAGCUGUGGGGGCAGAGCAGCCAGGCUGGAGGGAGGUGCAAGCUCCAGAAUGUGCUCAGGACCUUGGGGACACUUGGGGAGCUCUGCAGUGCCCCCCUGCAUUUAUCUGCUGAGUGAGUGGGUGAGGAGGAAUAAGGACUGACCUGCACUUCAUGCUGGGCCUCCUGGCCCCCUCCUUUGCUCUGCCGUGUCCCAGGGAGCAGCAAAUGCUGUGCCAAAGCCACAGGCAAAGAACUCUCUGUUCCUGCCCCACCGUGGGAUUGGGGCUCACAGACAGGACUGGGAGCACUGGGGGUCUCAGCCCCCCAAGCUGGGCCGUGCUGGACUCUCACUGCUGCUUUCUCUCGGUCUCAGCCCCAGCCCUGGGGCUGGCCCAGCCCCUGCCCCACAGCCCCCCA